AUGUCUCUCCUUCACAAUGAAGACUUCACUAUCUGGCAAUUACGAUCUUCCUACCUUACCACAAUCAAAGACGGCAUUGGAGACCGAUUGAUAAAUGUCAACAACUCCGUCCUCAAUACCCCUGGAUUUCGCGCCGCGGGCUGGUCGACCGCAUCCACCAACAAUAAUGCCAGCAGCGCAUCCUCACUCAAACGUACCUACUCCCCGCCCAUUCCUACCACGGCAGCAGUCUCCUCAGAAUACUACCGGCUUGCGGUACGAGAUGCGAAUGCCGCACGGGAUGAGCUCCAAGGCCUUGGUUUGGAGGACGGCGAGGAAGACGAAGGUGGCAUGGUCACUGGGAAGAGCACCGUGGAUAUCACAGCCAGACGGCAUCAAGAUCGAGCCGCGAAGAAGAAGCAACGACGAGAACGUCAACAGGAAGUCCAGCGACAAGCGGUUGCGGAAGACGAUGAUAGCAGUGACCUGAGCGACAGUGAUGAUGAUGGGGACAAUCUACGACGGUCUACCGAUCAAAUUGAUUUCCCAAAGAUGCCCAUUCGCCGAGAGCGAUCGGAUUCUUCCCCUAUUCGGUCGGGAGAACAACACGAGCGAUCCGAGCUCAUGAUCCCCGCAACCCAGAACGAUACGAACCAUCACCGAGCAGGGUCCCUGGGGACGUCUGUCAAGAGUCAAGGACGCCGGCCGCGGCGUGAUACCGCUACAAGUAGUGAGCUAUCAACGGAUAACGAGGUUGAUCCUCAAGGGUACAGGCCGGGGCAGGUUCAGUUCUCGACCACCAAUGAAGUGAUGGAGCGGCCCCGUAGACGGCGAGAGAGGACUGGUAGCCGCGGGGCGGAAAGUUUGGCCCUCGAGGACUUGCAAGAGCAAGACGAGGAUUCCGGGGCCGAGUCGGUGGGAUCAGCUCUCUCCUCCGAAUUUGAUGCUACGGCCGGGUCUGGCUCACUGCUACUGGCUGGUGUGGGCAUUAGCAGUGCCUUGGAUUCAUCUUCCCCGGUGGCCCUCAUGCAUAAAUUGCCGACCGGGACUGGCCCUCAGAGCAACUCUCCCAGAAAGUCGAAGACAGUUCCAACCCCCGGGCUACAGGAUCUUCCACCACCACGACCUAUCAGCACCGUGCAGCCUGUGAGCUUGCUGGCCCUGCAACUUAAGGCCCGGACACGCGCUCCAAGCAACCCGGUAGAGAAAUUCAUGGUGCUUUCUGGAUCGGGACAGGCAGACCCAUUGUACCUGAAAAUCUACCUUCCAUUUUCAUCCGAUCCUGAUGAACCACUGGAUCUACCACUCAUGAGAGAAUCCAAGCUCUCCGAUCACCCUGCGCAUGUUACCGUCGCCGAAGCGAUUGGUCUAGCCCUUUGGAAGUACUCCGAAGACGCGCGACUUCCCACUCUAGAGCGCGAGAAACUGAAUGUGAAUCGCUGGGCAUUGCGAAUGGUUGACGAUGGCGAAGUGGAGUAUGAUUUCCCGGCUCUUGGCCGCGCACUUCCCAUGACGGACUUUACAUCAAACAAUAAUCAAGCUGCGAAAUCGCGAGGACGCUCACGUGGAAAACCAUACGAUGAGUUUGCACUAGUUGAAGCGUCCAAGGCUGAGUUCGAAGAGAACGAAAGACUAUAUCCUCAAUACAGCCAGAGUCUAGGAUCCGAGGAAAGUGAACCGGUGGCCGUGGUCCCAGGCGCCCAGCCCGUACCACAGAUCAAACUCACACUUGGGCGUCAGAACCCAAUCCUGGGUCAGCCGUUCUCAUCGGCCCUCAAUGACAACACAUUGACUCCCGCGGAUCGACCAGCAAUUCCCGUAUCGCAUGCGACACCUCGUCUUGGAGUUACCAAGACCCUGAAGAUUCGAUUCCUCAACCUCGAAGGCUCGGCACACGUUAUGACCUUGAACACAACCACCGAUAGCUACAUUGCGGAGAUUCUAGACUCUGUAUGCAAACGCUGGGGGCUGGAUAAAGGAAAUUACCUUCUAAAGGUUAUGGGAUCAAACACCGUUGCACCUCUCGAUCGGACGGUGGAAGCUCUCGGAAAUAUAACCGAACUCGACCUUGUCAGGCGACGUUUCGGUGCAGGGCCCUCAGCAUUUGGUGGUUCACCGGGCAGCUCGUCGCCGAACGCUCCACUUCAGGUGGACAACAACGCCGCCACUUCAGCUGUAGUAAAGAAGGGCAAGAAAGGUACCAAUAUGCUCCCGUCUUCUACUCAGAAGCAGGAUCUGAUUGGAGGUUACUACCGUCGGUACCAUGUCUACCGCAAGCAACCCAUGUCUUUCACCGCUUCCAAUCAUCGCAUCCUCACAUUCGAUAACGACUACAUGCAUAUUGUCCCUGGAGAAACAGGCAAGACUGCCUCCAAUUCCAAGACUCGUUCCAUCAACUUCAAUGAUGUGGUGGGUUGUAAAGUGAGUCGGCGGCACCCGAAGAGCUUCCGCGUUGUUGUUCUGCGUGGCAACGAAGCCAAUGAGCAGAAGCGGUAUGACUUUGAGGCUCGCAACGCCUUAGAAGCAGUUGAGAUCGUGGACGAAAUCAAGAAGAACAUGGCGCAAUAUCGUGUUUGA